CGCCUCUCCACUCUGUCUAUUUUGCUCUCUUUCGCUCUCUGUCUAUUCUUCCUCAUCAUCUAAAACUACACCAGCCCCCUUGUAAGAAUUAACCUCUCUCUUUCUGUCUAUUUCUCUUUCUUUCAUCUUCCAUCAUCCUCGAUUCCACUCCUCACUCCUCCUCGAAUCGCUUCCUCCCCUUCCGCUAUUUUUGGACUUUCAGCUUCAGUCUUUUUAACAUGUAAUCAAAUGCGCAUCAAACACACAUCGUUAACCAUCACAAGAAGAAGAAGAAGAAGAAGAUAAGGAAGAUAAAGAAAGAGAUGAUGAUGAGUCUGUGAGAGUUCUGCGUGUGUGUGUUUCUGUGUAUUUGUGAGUCUCGAUUCUUUUUCUUACUUUUUUCCUUCUUUUUUCAUCAUCAUCUUCAUCUUCGGUGCAAACAAACAAUUCGGAUACACCGUAGUCUCCAUCAUCUUCAUCUUCAUCACCAACAAUCAAUAAUAAACAACAAUUAGAACAACAAAAGUGUUAAUCAAUGUGUCCCUUAGUUAAUUGUUAACCCUCACAAUGGAUUUUCAACAAUCAACCUAAAUUAUUAAUCCAAUAAAUUUAAAUCUCUUAAUAUAUUACAAAAAAAUAAGUUUAUCUUUUUCCUUGUGAAUUGAUCAUCAAAUUGUUGCGAUUUGUGUUUUUACAGCAACUUAAUUACUUAAUUGUUAACCCGUAAAUCUAUCUAAUGUUGUUAAUCCAAUUUGGAUAAUUUAUAAAUAAUAUGUUAAAUAGGACCCAUGAUUCUCAAACACAUUGGGAUGAAUUUCAUCCGUUCAUCGAAGCUCUAUUGCCCCAUGUCAAGGCUUUCAGUUACACUUGGUUCAAUCUCCAGGCCGCUAAACGGAAAUACUACAAAAAGCACGAGAAAAGGAUGACCCUGGACGAGGAACGCAAAUGUAAGGAAGAUCUUCAGAGUGAAAAGAAUGAAGUUAAACAAAAAUGGGCCUCGAGGCUUUUAGGUAAAUUACGUAAAGAUAUUACCCAAGAAUGUAGGGAAGAUUUUGUCCUUGGGAUUACCGGCAAGAAAAGGAUUAACUGUGUUCUUAGUAAUCCUGACCAAAAGGGUAAAAUGAGGAGGAUUGAUUGUCUUCGUCAAGCUGAUAAGGUUUGGCGAUUAGAUUUAGUUAUGGUUAUCCUCUUUAAAGCAAUUCCAUUGGAAUCUACUGAUGGUGAAAGACUAGAAAAAUCUUCAGACUGUUCUCAUCCUAAUCUAUGUGUUAAUCCAUAUCACAUUAAUGUUUCCGUUCGUGAACUUGAUCUUUAUUUAGCUAAUUACAUAUUCUCUCAUGAAUCUCUAAGAGGUAAUAUGGAAUCAACUUGUGAUACUAAUGGUGAACAAGAUGAAAAUGAAACAAUUAACAUAAAUAACACAAUUCACUUUAAUAGUAAUACAAUAUUAGCCACUGGAGUUUUCACCUCAGCUGAAUUAUAUCGCCUAUCCAAAGCAUCCAUUGUGACCCCAAUAGGGUCUGGUGGAAACGGAAAUCUGAUGACCGCUCAUCCAACCUCUUCCUCCUCGGCUUCAUCUUCGGGAACAGUAACCAGUCCACCUCAAGGAGUCCCAAUACACCUGAUUAAAACUGAACCAUCAUGCACAUAUCAACAAGGUGAUAAUUAUAAUUAUAUCAAUAGUUACUCUCCAAUACCUGAGAUGCAAGUUCAAUGUAGUCCAAUAGGACUUAAUGUGGUCAACUCAUUGUCCAGUCAAGGUCUUCCAUUAAGUCAAUCAUUGGGUAUUUGUAGUGAACCACAAAAUGUGAAACUUUGUACAGCAACAAAUGAACAUACGAAUAAACAAUAUCAUCAUCUAGCCGGACAAUCAAUUGGUCAUCAUCAUGGUAGUUUAAUUAUGGAUCGAUCAGGACCAAGUAGUCCAAAUAGUUUAGGAUCUGUUGUUACCGCAGUAGCAAGUGGCAUGUUGCAAUCAACUUCAUCACCUCCAUCAUCAUCAUCAUCUUCUGGUGGUGGUGGUGGUCCACCUACUAAACGUGCAAGACGUUUACCCUCCGGGAAUAAUAAUAAUCAAUCAGUUGAACCAGAAUCUGGAGAAAGUUUAACUUCCUAUUAUGGUGAUGGUUCUGGUUGGCAGGGAAUCGAUAUUAGCGGAGAAACAAAUUCUCAGGGACUUAAUUCACCUCAUAUUAUGUCAAUUAAAGUAAAAACAGAAUCAAAUGGAACCACUGGUAAUUGUGGUCCCUCUCCCUCAGAUAAUUCACCGUUAUCUGUAGGCUCUCCAUCAUCUCUUCACCAUCAACAACAACAACAACAACACCAUCAUCAUCAGCAACAUCAUCAACAACAGCAACAACAUAGUCAUCAUAUUCAUCAUGGUCACAUUCAUCAUCCUCAUCAUCAAACACACAAUCCCCACCAGCAACAUCAUCAACAGCAGCAACAACAGCAACAGCAACAGCAGCAGCAGCAACAACAACAACAACAUCACCAUCAACUCCAACAGCAACAACAUCAACCUCAUAAUCCUCAUCAUACUCAUCAUUCACAUCAGGCAAAUAGGCCAAGGGAAGGCCAACCUCCCAUGUCCAAUCUUCCUGGUCAUCAACAUUCAGGUUCCAGUUUAUCAUCAAAUCUAUCAGUUAGUCCAUUUGGUCCAACUUAUUAUGGUUUACCUGGUAAAUAUCAAGAGAAUGGCGAUGCUCUUUCUGACUUUGUUAAUCUUGUUUGCCAAGAAUCAUCUCAACAUCAUCAUCAACAUCAUCAUCAUCACCACCACCAUUCUCAUCACCAUGGCUCAUCUGAUGGCGGUGGUAAUGAGGAGGGAAAUGUAAACAUAAAUAAUAGCGGCAGUGGCAAUAAUAACGAUAAUAAUGGAGGAGGUCGAUCUGAUCCCGAAGAGGAUGAACCUGGUGACCUAAGGUCAAGCCCUUCUAAAUACUAUAAUCAAAUGACUUCCAUGCUUCCUCCACCACCUCCAGCGCCUAUGGCACGUCCAGUUCCUAUUCUCGCCUCACCUAAUCCACCGCCUAUGAUAAGAUCAACAUCUCAAUUGAUGACUCCCUGUUCACCCGAAUUAGGUGGAUCAUCUCCCUCGUCACCAUGUCAUCCAGGAGCACCAGGAACCCCAGGAUCUGAUGCAAGCGGGCCCAUUGUGAUCAACAAUCGAUCUGUUUUAAUACAUCGAUCUGAUUCAAGCAAUAAUAACAAUAGUAAUAGUCAAAGUGGUGGAAGUGAUUCAAGGGAUCCAACACCCACUCCGCCUCCUAUUUCUGUAUCAUCUCAUCAUAAUAUCAAUUCAUCUUCAUCGUCAUCUUUAUCUCCUUCUGCUCAUGUAUCGGUUUCAUCUUCCUCAAUUAAUUCAUCUUCCACAUCUCCAACCUUCUCAGGAGGUGGAUCGGCAAUUGAAACAAUUAAUUCUAAUCGAUCUGUGAUGAGUCCGUUUACAACGUUAACAAGAGCCGAUCACUCGUUUCAUGUUCAUACUCCUGUUACUCAGCUUUUUAAUUACACAGGAAUGGGAGGAAUGAGUGGAAUCAUUAGUCCAACAAAUAUAAGUAUGUUUACAGGUAACAAUGUGGUCCAUCCUAAUGGUAGCUUGUCCAAUAUACAAUCACCUGUAAAUGGACAUUCACUUUCUGUUGUCCGGUCAAGUGGACAUAAUCUGAUAGGAGGAGGAGGAGGAAUUGGAGGUUUAAAUGUUGAAGGAGGUGGAGUUAAUUCAAAUAUUAUUGGUCAUCGAUCACCAACAAUUGCCCGAUGGUCAUCAUCUUCCUCAUCAACAACCUCAUCAUCAACAACACCAACCAUUUCAACUGUUGGACUUGGGACACAAGGAGGAGGAAACAAUAACAACGGGAGUGUCUAUGUUUCAAUUGAUGAAACUUUUGAUUACAAUGUAAUGGCCGGUCUAAUGGGAUCAUCAUCAAUGGUUGGUCAUCCGGAUAUGGAUCCACCCCCAGGGAUAAUCGGGGUUGAAGAUCGUUUCUUCUCGGUGAUUCAUCCUGUAAAUGAAAAUGAAUCUGUUGGAGUUGAUGGUAAUCAUUCAAACAAUCAAUCAACAAUUAACUCGGUUGAUGAUGUGGAUAAUCAAUCAACUGACCAACACCAAGAUGAUCAACAACAUGCCAAUAAUUUGGACAAUCAAGAUUUAACUGGAGGAUCUAACAGAGUUAAUGGUUCACCUUCACAUGGAUCAACCUCUUAAUUACAAUUAAUUUUUAAUUCUAAAUUAAUCAACUAAUCAAACAAAGAGUUCCUCUUUUCUUUUCUUUCUAUCUCUCUCUCUCUCCUCUUUCUUACCUUUUAAUUGAGAAAAGUUAAUUCUUGAACAAUCAACAAUUUGCUCAACAACCAACAAUCAACUGAUUGUCACCAUUGAUUUAAUUUAAUCAUUUAAACUCAUCUCAUUAUAAUCUCAUCAAAAUUUCAUCCCCUCUUCUUAAUAGUCAUUAGAUUGACCAUCGUCUCUAUUAGUUGUGUGUAGAGAAAAGCUUUUAAUUGUUAAUAAUAAUCUAUAAUUACUACUACAUUUAAUGAUGAAUGUAAUUGUUACAAUUAACUAAUCAUCGAUUUCGAGAAAAAAAAACAUUUUUUCGUUCUCAUC